AUGGCGAAUCUGCCUGAGGAUGUGCCGGGGUGUGACGAGGGCUUGACAUGGAGUGAGAAUUUGUACACGAUAUCCGAGCUGGUAGAUGUGCACGAUCUACCGUGCCUGGUGAAGGUAGCGGAGGGGGUCUACUCCACCGAGGACACAGAAUCCUUCUCCAACGGCGAUUUGCUGAAACUUCAUCGAUGUGAAAGGCUGGAGAAAGUAGUCGCCUAUCCAAUCGAAUCCGGACACACCAAGAAGUGGGCUUUGAAAAAUUACAAGAACAUUUCCUCUCCCAUCUUAAUACCGCUUGACUACCGGAAGAAGGCUAGAGUCCUGACCAUCGGUGGUGACACACGGUACCCCGACCGUCCAGAGUUUGUUCGCAGACAUGCCGAGCUCAUCGAGCUGAGGAAAGACUUCGUGCAGGACGAAAAGUUCGUGACCAAGGAGGUGCAUGUGGCCUUGGCCAACAUGGAUCAGUUCCAGGGUCACUUUGUUCUGGAUAGAAUAGAAUCCGAAUACAAGGCGUUCGGAACUCACCGCCUGGAUCUAGAGGACACGGGCAAACGACAGCCGGCGGUGGACGUGUCCGAAAGUCAGCAGGCGGUGAAAGAACCCAGCAGCAGCCAGGAAGAGAUGGAAACGUACAAGUCCCAUCAGGCGGUAGUCAUCAUCCCCCAUACGUCGGACGCCCUGUUUCAGGUGGCUACAAACAGAGAGACAUCUAUCUACCAGUCCUUUAUCUCCCUGAACUUCCGAGCCAACUUGGACACGGUCAGUCUGGGCGGGCUGUACAUGGAGGUACAGGGUAGUAAGCUCAGCCAGACGGUUGAGUCAGAUUUCUAUGAGGCUUCGGGCAAUUCGCCUCCACUACUGACCCCAAGACAACACUCAGGCGGGAUCCCAAGUCCACCACGUCCCCCUCCAAGGCCUUCUCGGCGUACCAGCAGUGAUCACCCUGAACAACGCAGUGAUCACGUAAACGUUACACCUAUUUCGCCGCCAUCGGUUCCUUCGAGAUCCAACAGGCCAAAAAGACAGGGGAAUUACCUACGGCCUCUUCCUUGUACCCCCGGACAAAACGGUAAUGUUUCACCCACGGGCAAGGUUUCACCUUCAGGCAUGGUUUCACCCACGAGCAAGGUUUCACCUUUAGGCAAGGUUUCACCUUCAGGAAAGGCUUCAUAUUCAGGCAAGCUUACAUAUUCAAAAGGCUUACCACAACCCAGAGUCCAUCAGAAACCCAUCAAAACACAACCCAAACCCUCGCAGGCAGUGCGCCCCCUGGGGUCAGGAGCCCAAACUACUGCAGGUACACCGCUGGCCACUAUCGACAGAAAGGCUCGAAAGCCUACUUAUUUAGAACUAGUCUCAGAUAAUGCCAAACCUCAGAAAUCAAAAAUCACAGACACCAAAGGGCAAGUGUCGGAGAGACAAGACAGCCCAUUGGUAGGGGCAUGUGGCUACUCUAAUCCGACUGGCAGUGAUUGGGGUGAAAAGUUAAAGACGCUUUCCGUGGAGCAGGUGAGAGCGGCGCUUGGGACGCUAGGACUGCGGAAAAAAGUAGAGCCGUUUGUGGAGAUGGAGAUAGAUGGGGGAUACUUACAAGCUCUGUUCCGCGACAAAGGCGACAUUUUAAAAGCUGAACCUUUCUCCCUGAACUUAGUAGAGAUGCUGAAACUGAAAAUGUUCGUAGAGACGGGGAAAUUGCCCAUAAAAAAAUAAUCACGAAUACACUUAGUCAACUGCACAUCUGCUUUACCAGGGGAGAUAAAUCGUAUGACUGAUGGUGCAUAUGCACUGCGCUGAAUUAUCUCCUCUCAUUCCCUGAUGCAUUGAACUGAUAGUUUGCAUAUAGGCAUGCUUUCUACAUGGAGUAUGCGGUAAGAUUUUAUUGUGUAUGAAAAUUCCAAAAACUCACUAACGAGUAUACAUAUUUUUGUCUACCGGAACUAUGCACACAAAGUGUUUAGUUAAGUUAAGUUAAGUUAACUGUCGUUUCGGGCCUUGUGUGCUCCAAAGUUCAUCGUCAAAGUCCAUCUGAUUGAAUACAGCCACACGCAAACAAUAUCGACUGUACACCACGCACAAAAGUUGGUUGUUUUUGUUUUAAGGCACCGAAAACAGUAAUGUAAAGUAUAUGUCAGAUGAAAGAUCAUGUACCGAAUACUGACUUUACCUGGAAUCAGUGACGUCACAUCCAGUUUCUGUCACUAAACUCACACAGACUCCUAGAUUCCAUCAUUCAAAACGCAUAUACCUAUAGUAUUUUAGAGACUGCUAACGAAGGAACCUUGAAACGAACAAUGCAAGCAAAAACUAUGAAUGUGACGUCACUGAUGAAUGUGACGUCACUGAUACAGCCCCAGCGUAGAAUCUUUUGUUGUAUAACCAUUUUACUUCUUUUACAAACAAUUCUGAAAAAAAAUAACUCGAACCUAUUAUCCUCGAACAGUGUUUAAUGGUCUUUAAUCUGAUAUAUACCUUCUUGUACUUCAUUUACUGCUUUCUUUGCCUUUAAGGUAGCCAGAAUAUGAAGUAAGGUUCAGCAUACGUACAACUGAAAACUGUGCGUAAAAAUACUUUCAUUUAGUUUUUCAGAUUUGUUUUAAGAGUGUUGAAAGGCAUUCAAGUAUUUGAAGACUAUGGGCUUUAUGAGUCAUGCUGACGGUAUCUUGGAACUCUGACGUCACAACACCUUUUUUUUUUCUUUCUGAUGUUCACAAGUAGGAAGGAAUUUUUGGGGACAUUACUUCAGUAAUCUUUUACUUAUGGGUAAAAAGUGUUAUUCGUGAUUAGAGUUGGAAAAACUUGCUGUGACGUCACAUUUCGUAAGCAGUGAUAGUAUUGUCUGGAAAGCCCACCUUAGGAUUCAAAUGUUGGAACGUCUUUAACCCUUUUCACAAAAAUCUAAAAAAAAAACUAAAUGAAAGUAUAUAUGUGCAUAGUUCUGAGUGGUCUAUUUAGUAAUGUCUAUUUUAGAGGUCUUUUCCUUCAAAGAUAAAUAUUAUGCAAAGAGUAUUCACAUUCAUUCUUUAUACAAUAAAAUUGUCCUGUAAAUAGGAGAGAUCAGUCUGGAAAUCAUUCUAUUCGAGCUAAUCUCAUAUUUCAGGGUUAUUACGCUCA